AUGCAGCACUUACAGUUCAUCUUCGAACUCAAUGAAAGCGAACGGCGGUCCUCUCCGGGAUUUAAGAUCUAUCUCGGCAAUUGGUCCGUAUUUCGAAAACAAAUUCUCAACAUCCCGCGUCUUUACAUCCGGGGUACCGCAUUUGUAGACGAAGCUCCACUUGAACAAUUUGGCUUUUCGGGUUUUGCGCGUAACUCGACGUGGUCCAACAGAUAG